UCUUCAACAGAGUGCAACAAUGUGAAUAAUUGUGAAUUACUGUCUCUUGUCUGUUUGCAGAUCUCAGAGACCAGCUUCUGGUCAUUGAAGGUGAAUGAAGAAAGUUUCUGGCACUUGUGUGACAGACAAAUCCUUACAAGGUGUUUCCAAACUUGGAGGAGACAUACCCUUCGGAAGAGGGCAGCCAGGCAGCGUUACAGACACCAGCUGCUUCGGAAGGGCCUUGCUGCUCUGCAGUGGGCUGUGCACCAGAGGAGGACACAAUUAGAGGUGGCCCAGSAGAGACACACUUCAACUCUGCUAGCUGCCAGCUUCCAGAGGUGGAAGGAAGCUGUGRCAAAACGGAGCAAGAAGGAAGCUCUGCAGCCCAAACCUUACUCUUACACCCAAAGUUCAUCAACAAAGGUUUUUGGAGUAGGAAGAUUAGCAGCUAUGACAACCUCAGCUCAGCAUCAGCUUACAACAGGAUACUCAAAGGAAGUGGAGCAGGCUCGUAGGAUGGAGGGGGAACUGUGGACACGACUUCGUCACAGGAGGAGAGAUGAGUUCUGCUGGAGAGCUGAAGCAAUCAGAGACAUGAGACAGCUGGCUGCAGCUUUCAGACUCUGGCGCCUGCAGAAGGAGCUGCUGAGCAAAGAGGAAGUCAGGCUUUUGGAAGCCCGUGCUCUGCUGGAAAAGAAGAAGCUACGGAACAUUUUCUGGAAGUGGCAUUCCCAAAGCUUGGAAAUGAAACGGAUUCUAACACUGACAACUCAAAUCCAAAGAAACUUGGUCUCCCGGUGCUUCAAUACAUGGAAGGAGAGUGUUGAGCAGAAGGCACUUUACAGGUGCAACCUGGCCCAUCUCAGAGCAGUAUCACUGAGGAAACACUUCAAGAAGUGGUUGGAGAUUCUGCAGGUCAGAAGAGGUGAUAAGCAGGCAGUGAUGAACCUCUUCCUACAACAGAAGCAGUAUUAUGGAGCAGUUAUAAACUCAGUARCUGACAAGAGUGUGACAAAGAAGCAUGAAGGUCAGCCAUCAUGGAYUGAAGAGAGACAGUUUCUGGAGAARACAGGCUACUCUUUUGAUGACUUCUGCCAAAAACUGAAGCUGCAAAGAAUAUAUGUGCUGUGGAAAACGAGGCUAUGUGAGCAUCAAAAAGCUGAUUCUUUCUUUCAGACUUUGGAGCAGUAUAAACUCAGAAAAACUCUGAAAUUAUGGCACCAAAAGUAUCUCAAGCUGAAGACAAUUGAACAAAGUUCUAAGCACUCACAUAAAGCUGUCUAUGAGGAACCUCUUGCUAUGCUGUUUUCUGAGGACCUCUCAACAUCAUCUGGCUUUGACAGCAGUGCACCAGCUACUCUGACCUCUCAAAGCUCAUUGGAAAAGGAAUGCAGUCUUAGUGACAGCAGCCAGCACAGCUUCUCCUCCGUUCUGACUGCUGAGGAUGUCACACACAUGCCAUGUCACRGUUCUUUCCUGCAACUCCACCAGUGCACAGCACUGCCAGCUGAGCUGGGUGGGGAGCUGUGCUUGCAGACCUCCUUCCCUGGAUCUGGAAAAAAUUGGUUUGUGGGAAAUCAGUUCCAGUCUUUGGUGCUGCAGAGUCCAGAUAAUAAUUCCCAGCCUCUCACCAGUUACUCUGCAUGGGAAGAGGGCUGCAGUUCUGUCAAGGAGGUGAAGAGUUGCUGGCAGCAAGCAGAGAAAUACUGUGUGCAGAGGUGCUUCAUUGUCUGGUCAGCUCGAACUCGACAUCUUGUAAAAGCCAAGCAGUACUGCAGGCGCAUUCGGCUGUCUCGAGCCUUUCUCAGYUGGCACCACUGGAUCAUGGAAAAUAAGAACCAAGAAGCAGCAGCAGUCCUAAAACAUGAAGUUCAUUGUUGCCAGAUGGCUUUCAGCCUGUGGAGAAGGAGACUGGCCCAGAAACUGGAAGUUGACCGGAGAUUCAGGUGUCACGUUCACCAGAUGACUGCUGAUGUUCUACRGCAUUGGCAUUCCUGCUGGCAAAGGAAGCGUGCUCUGGGAGAACUGCAGCAGCAAUGGGCUCAGCAGAGCUGCCAGGAGAAGAAGAGCCAGGUCCUGCAGACAUGGUAUUACCAAACAAAGAAGCAGAAAUAUGCUGUUUUAUUCUGGGAACGUUGUCUCCUGCACAGGUGCCUUGUCACUUGGGCCCAGGUCACUGCAUGUAGACUGAGGCAGCACGAAGCCCUCUUUUAUUUUACAAGGAUCAGAGAGCACCGUCUCCUGGUUGUGAGCUUURCUAMGUGGAGGGACAGACUCUUGAGAGCYGAACRAGUSCCAGAAGGGAGRACCCACAAGUGGCAGGAGCCCUCUCCAGGUAAAGCCUGUCACCGCUGGCGAGUGGCUACAAGAGGACAGCAAGCCCUGCGGCUGGGAUCUGUGGCUACUGUCAAACAAGCCUGCAACUACUGGACCAGAGCAGCUGCCUUUUCCCAGUGCUUACGACAGUGCAGUACCCUCAUAGGUGCAAGGAAAAGCAGGAAGAUGUCUCUUUCUUGGUCCAUGAAAAGCAGAAGAGGCAGAGAAGAAGAUUCAGCACCAACUGGACUUUUUCCCAGUGCCAUCCAGCGCUGGCUGGUGUUCUACAGGAACCAAAACAGGGCUGAAAGGCUGCUGGAGACACCUGAUGUGGUAGGACCCUCUCGUGCACAUGCAAGGAUCCAGGAGAACACAACAGAGGUAGACUUGGAGGAGAGGGAUAAAAAGUGGCUUGGGAAGAAAUACCUGAGGUGGUGGCAUCACACAGUGGUAUUGCGCCGGUGCCAGCAUGACAAGAGACUGCGCCGUCUGGCAAGAGGAUGGCAUCAGUGGAGGGAAGCCAGCAGGGUGGUGGUACUGGCUCAGAUGCUGGACCGGCAGCGGCUGAUAGAAAAGGCAUGGAGGGUGUGGAGACAAAGAUACUUGCAAAGCUGCGUCGUGCAGAAUCUUUUGGAAGAGGAAGCCAGGAGCCUUCUGUCUCAGGCCUUUGGAAGGUGGCAGCAGCGCACAGCAUUCCAGCGCAAAGACAAAGGAUCCUGCUGAAUGGAGGGGCCUGCCUGCAGCUGCUGCUCAUUGCAGGGCACAUGGAGGAUAAGGCUCCUGUCACAACAAAGAGCUGGUCCUGUGCUGUCAAGAAAGAGAACUCUCUGCUCUUACGAUAAAAGCAGUGCUGCAGGCCAGGAGGAUGACAGCCAAAGAACAACCAGAAAGAGAUGGUACCUAGUGAAUGGUCCUCUUUUAAAGGACUUUAAGGAUCCUACCUCCUUAGCCACACAAAUGGAGAAGUKACUCCUAGUUGUUGAGAGGUUGCAUUCUUCUCCCCUGGCUCCUGUUUUUGCUGGAGUUCUGAUUAAAGGUCAAAAAAACACCUUACAGGCCUUGCUUUUAUUUAAGU